AUGCCCCCUGCUGAAAAUCCUUAUUUUGCUUUAGAAAAACUCUUAGAAAAUGACGAUUCUGAUAUUCAUUUGGUAGAUUUUCAUGCUGAAGCCACUGCUGAAAAAGCAGUAUUUGCUUAUUGUUUUGCUGGACAAAUUACGGCUCUAAUAUUACCUCCCGGAACCGCAUUUAUUACAGAUUUGGGAAUGACCGGACCCAGUGAAGGAAUUAUUGGUGCUGAACCAGCUGGAAUUAUCCAAAGAAGUAAAUACAACUUGUCUUCGCCAAUGCGUCCUUGUGAAAAAGGUCAAGGGCAAUUCAAUGGCUUGGUAUUAGAAAUUGAUGAUAAUAGUAAUAAACAAGAAGUGCAGAUUCAAAGAAAAGCAGCUCCAUCUUCUCUUAAUCUUACUUCUCUACCUUGA